GAGAAGUGACACAGAGUCAAGAGAUUCCUAUGGAAAAAAAGCUAUGGAUUAGAAUUAUGUCAGGUUUUUGCAAUACUCUAUGAAAGUCCUGCCUACUUCCUGGAUCAUGUACAUUGCAUUUUUUUUAAUGGGUUUUAAGAGUAAAUAAUCAAAUUCAUGAAAACGCUGUCAUUUGAUAUACAGUUGGGUCCAAAAGUAUUGGGACAGUGACACAUUUUGUUGUUGUUUUGGCUCUGUACUCCAGCACUUUGCUCAUAUUUAUUAUUUUUAUGCCGAAAACUCUCACUCAUCAUUAUUUACAAUAAAAGUGACUCCAAAAUGACACAAUACAUUAUGUACCAUUCACAGCUUCUACCCUCAAGCCAUUAGACUGCUAAACUGUUAAUCAAACGGCUACCCAGACAAUUUGCAUUGACACCCUUUUUUACACUGCUGCUACUUGCUGUUUAUCUAUGCAUAGUCACUUUACCCCUAACUACAUGUACAUAUUACCUUGACUAAACUGUACCCCCGCACAUUGACUCUGUGCCUGUACCCCCCUGUAUAUAGCAUCGUUAUUUUAUUGUGUUACUUUUUUUCUUUAAUUUAUUUAUUUUGUACAAAUAUUUUCUUACUUACUUUAAAAUAAAUUCUGCAUUGUUGGUUAAGGGCUUGUAAGUAAGCAUUUCACGGUAAUGUCUACUACACCUGUUCUAUACGGUGCAUGUGACAAAUACAAUUUGAUUUGAUUUCUAUUGGGUACAAAAUAAUCUGAAAAACAACCAAAACAAACUGCAAAUGCAUCCAACAAGUAGAGUCACAAGUUUGAUGAAGGUAGGAAUAUCGCACAAAUAUGAUCAAUGGUUCAUUUGAUAGGUUGUCUUCUAUCUUGACAUUGUCAAGUAUUGAAAUCUGACACGAAUCCCAGACUUUUUUUGCGAUCAAAAAGUCGUAUUUCUCUUCAUUUCCAGUGUAGUGAGAGUGGUUUUAUCGCAAUGGUACAUCAUACCGGCCAAAUUUCUACCUUCUCGAAAGGCAAUAGCUCCUAUACACAUGAAACGCAUGACCUCUGGUAUCGAUAGAACAUCGCUCACACAAAAACAAUAUAACAUUCAAAAUUGAUGAAUCUUUCCUGUAAAGUUUACAGUCUGUAAUUUAACCUCAUAGUCAUUGUAUCAUUUCAAAUUCAAUGUGCUGGAGUACAGAGCCAUAAGAACAACAAAACAUGUUCACUGUCCAAAUGCCUUUGGACCUCACUAUAAGCAGGCAAAGGUGUGUGAAUCAUGUUGGACAUAUUGGAAUCAGAAUAAAAUAGAUUUACACCAAAACAGUCUUUAUGGGUAAAGUGUUUUACAUAAUUCUAAAAAAAAAUUAUCACAUUUCCUUAAUUCAUACAUUAACCACCAUCAAAUUAUAUUAUUGCACCUAUAUUGGAUUUUGGAUACCAUAUUGGAUUUGAGGUCAAAUCUAGGGUGCCCCCCAAAAAUAAUAUGUGGUUUAAUUACAUGAGUAGGGGCAAAAGAUACAAAAUCCUUCAAGGAACCUUGGACCCAAAAUGUUUAAUUUCGAUGUCUAAGCCCACUUGUUUUCUUUAGAGCCGAUUACAAUAGCCACGACAACAACAAAAAUGUGGAACUAUGUAUUUUUAUCAAGCAGGACCAAACAGCGCUGGAUGAGAGCAAUGACUUGGGAACUUGUCUAUUAUUCAGCUACCAAAAAGUAAGGUGUACAUUCAUCAUAAAUAUUAAUAGUUGAUAUUUCCACCUAUUGUAUCUCUGUGUUUACAGGUCUAUAUUUCCAAGAUACAUUAAGAUAUCCUGAUGCUGUUUGCCUGUGUAUGUGGGGCAGACAGCAUAUAUUGGGUUACAUAUGGUUAUGUGGAAAUGCCACUUCAAGCCAGGCAUUAUUGUGCACUUUUCUUAGUUUAGGGCGUUUUGUCACAAUAUCUAUCAAUUAACCACUUAUUCAGUAAAAUAUUUUUACAUAAUCACCCAUUUUAAUAAAUAACAGCUAUUAUAGAUGUGGAAAAAACAUGUGUUUUGUAAUAGCUCGGGUAGGGGUGUCUCCAACAUUUUUGGGGCCACAAGCCUAGUUUUUUUGUUACUUAGCUACAACGUUGUUGUGAUGGAGAACUCCUGUACAGUAGGUGGCGGUGUUAAAAUGUAAUUCCACAGUCCAGCAUAAUGAUGAGGAAAAGGAAAGAAUCACCGGCUACAAACAAAGCUAGCGAUGUUUCGUUUCUGAUAGGAUUAACUUUAUUUUAAUAGCAAACUAGAUAACUGUAGAUUAUUAUAAUAUUAUAGAAAACACAAAGACUGUUUUCAUAUUGAAAAGGGACCAAAAGCGUCGGGGGACAAUGUCGGGUUCCGUGGUCGAGUUCCAGGCGCAGAUAGCCUCAAUCAUGGAGGUGCUAGCCAACGCGGCUGUAGCCGAAAUCUGCAAAGUUGUUGACGAUGGCUAUGCGGUUGUACACCUGAAGAUGUCCCAAAGCCACAAGGAGAACGAAUUUCUCCGGAGGAAAAUGAAAUUGAUGGAACUUCAGAUCGCGAGGUUUCGGUCUGAGAGAACAAAGUCUUCAGAGGGGUCCGUUCAAAAUCGCUUCCAUGGAAUACGCCUGCAAAACAGACACAACCAUCGAGAGACGGCAACGACAGGACCUACUUGGCAAAGCAGAGCCAGACUUUCCAACAGGAGUUUUGGAAACAGCAGCAUACCAAGAGACAGACAGCCCAUAGACGUGGACCAAGAGGAUGUCUCUCCAUCAAAGCAUAUGGAUGCUACAAGUGAUGAGCAGUCAGCAGAGACAGAGGAAGGGGAACCAGACCUGCUGAUCAUCAAGGAUGAGGGAGAAGCAGACGACCAGAAAUCUAGGUCCAGACAACCAGCCAGAACAGUGGAGGGCAGCAGAGAGCUAACCACCCAACUGGCUGCAGCCACCACCAAGGAUCCCGCCUUCCAGCCCAGAGGUCCCAGGGGCAACGACUACAACAACACCGCUAUGGAGCAGUCAGCAGAGACAGAGGAAGGGCAACCAGACCUGCUGAUCAUCAAGGUGGAGGGAGAAGCAGAUGACCAGGACUCUAGGAUCAGUCACCCAGCCAGAACAGUGGAGGGCAGCAGAGAGCUAACCACCCAACUGGCUGCAGCCACCACAGAGAACCCUGCCUUCCAGUCCAGUGGCCCCAGAGGCAACAACAACACCGCUAUGGAGGCCAAAUCUACUGUGGAAGGGGAGAGAGACCUCCAGCCAUGGAAGAAAGAAGAGGGUCUGAGGGAGAUGCCAGGCACUGAUAGUGAACACAGAAUGACAGACCCAAACACACAGACCUCUCUAGACACGGACCAAACAGAGCUCACUGAGCAGCUCAGAACCAAACACAGCAUAGUGACUGUCAACAGGUCAGAUACUGUUUUCAAGUCAGACCCGGAGCCUGAGAGCCUGAGCCAGGUGUUCCAACUCACAGGUCCAGGACCUGUUGCUAAACAGCAGCGCAGCCUAAACCCCGAGAGAACAACCGAUCUGCCUGUAAACUCCCGUAAGCAAAGAGGCAGUGAUACAGUGAAUGAUCGGCCAUCUUGUUCUAGUUAUGCUGCCGAGACAGUCUCAGGAAGCCCCUCGCCUCUCAAAAAGUUGAACCCCAUUCCCCCAUUUCCUCAGAUGGUGAGGGGUGAACACGAGUAUUCCCAGGGCGGUUCAGGGGUCAAGUCUGAGGUCAUAGUUAUUGACCCCCUCCAUGUUGACGAGGGGGAAGAUGGGGAUGGCACGCCCUCGUCGUGGAGACAAGGUGACAUCAUGGAACACCGGCAUCAUCAAGGAGGACAUAGUGAAGCAGAUGCCAUGCUUCUUGGAGGACAUUCGAGUAACACUUAUCAUCAUCAUCCUCACCCAGGUGUCCAGCCAGCAGCAAGACAGAACUCACCUGACAAUCACUUCUACACCAUUGGCAUGGACGGCGCUUUCAACAACCGCCUCGGCACCUUUCAGAACCCCGCAACCACCGCUCCAUUGGCCGAGGGAACCGGGGAGCUGCAGUACCCCACCUGGGUGGAUUUUGAGGGGAGCGCCCCCGACACCCACCUGGGCGACAUGACUGGGACUCAUCAGGACAGAGGGUCUAGGGAGGAGGGGGCGAGGUCCUACAGGUGCACCUUCUGCGGGAGGGAGUACCCUCACCUGUGCCAGCUCAAGAUGCACCAGAGGGUCCACACGGGGGAGAAACCGUACGAGUGUGCCCUGUGUGGGAAGCAGUUCAGCCAGCUGUGCGGCCUGAAGCGGCACCAGAGAGUACACACAGGGGAGAAACCUUUCAGAUGCGCUCAAUGCGGGAAACAAUUCUCUCAUUCCAGCAACCUGAAAGUGCAUCAGAGUGUCCAUACAGGGGAGAAACGGUUCCACUGCACCCAGUGUGGAAAAAACUUCUCCUUUCUGAGCAAUCUGAUAAGACACCAGGCAGUUCACGCAAGGAAAUGAUAUGUUGUAUUGAUUUGCUGUGUUGAUUUAGGAUAGUUUUUUUCUGAAUUGAUUGGAAAUUGAAUGAGGUGUGUGAUUGCUCUGUCUAAAUGCCUCAACUCUGAAAUGUUCGACUUGUUAGUUAUACACGAUUUCAACCAGUUAGCAACUUGGAGAUUUCCGAGUUUCCCAGUUCCGACUAGCACGUACACGCGGCAUUAAAAGUCGCGUUACCUGUUCUUUGUAUUCAUACUUUGCGUUCUCUUUUUUCUCCUCUAACUAUUAUUUUGUAUUCUGGAGCAAAUUGUAAUGAAAAGAAUGAAUCAAUGUUUGCUGCAGAUUGUUAUAUUGGUUCAACAUAAGGUUCAACUUUUUAUUAUUCAAAUUCCUACAGUAUUUGUGUAGUGUUGAAAAUAAUCAGGCCAAAAUAAGAUUGUCACAAGGAACAUGCUUGUGUUAAAAUUUAAACGUUUUUUGGGAUGUUUUGAGAAAUAAACCAACUCAUGGGAAAUGAGAAGAACG